AUGAGUUCGCCCGGCGACGCCCUCGACAGCAACAGCGAGGACAACAUCGACGAAAACCUGCGCUUCCUUCACUCCUCACUCGCCGCCUUGGACCAAGACCAACAAGACGACACUUCCACCCGUCCACCAACGAGAUCGCAAAUCGACUCCCAUCGAGAUCCUCGAGUUCGCAACCGCACCCGUGGCAUCGCCGACAUUCUCCCAAGUCCACCACCACCACAGGCCGCCCAGUACGAAGACCGCCUCAUCGUCCCGCCACACGCGAAUACACCCCCACCUCCACCUCCACCGCCAGCCGAGAGCUCCGCCGACCGCCGCACCCGCCUGCAACAGAUCCUCGCUCGACUAAAUCGCAUCCACGACCCUUCUGCAAGCGCACCCACCGCAGCGACAGGUCGACCGACAGCAAGUGCAUACAGUAAUCGCACGCCUUCACCCGGAGCAGGAGGAAGAGCAGAAAGACUAUAUGACUGGGCGCCUGCCCACGAGGACACAUCUACCACUCACGACGAAACGGAAUUAGAGCAGAUUCUGGCGGAAUUGAGACGGGCGAGGCCGGACAUUGGGUCGGAGAGGUUGAGAGGUGAAGGGGAGCGGGAGUUGGAAGGAUUGAGGAGGCGGGAGCAAGAGGCGACAGAAGGGCUGGAGCGACGAGAACGGUUGAGGGAGAGGAGGAGAGGGGGGGUGGAGUGGGGAAGUUUGAGGAGGAGUGUUGUGGCGCAGAGGGCGACGAGACAGGAGGGCGGAGUACCGACGAUUGCGUCGUCGGCGUCUGCUACCGAAAGGAUGUUGAGAUAUGUUAUGGAGAGGGAACGCAGUGGGAUGAGCGAGGAAGAGGAGCGGGCGCGGGGGACUGGGUGGUUCAAUCCGAUGGAUGAGAAUUCGGGUAUCGGAGCGGAGCAUCUUGCGAACGGAAAUUCAAGUAGAGACGCCUGGCCGCUGCCGCCCCCGCAUAUCAAUGAAGGGAGGUCGUCGUUGCUCAGGAACGAGGAGGCCCGGACAGCUUGGUUCGCGGCUGAGCAAGAGAGAGUCAUGCGGUACAGGACUGGUACUGAGGGACCACAACGACUACCACGCAUAUCGACUCCGCCGGUGCCGUCGACGAUGACAUCUUCAAGUCCUACCGCGCUGCUGGAGAGUGCUUUGAAGUAUCUCGAUCAGCUACGGUCUUGCUCUCGAUAUGAAGAUGCACUGUCGGCUGCUAUGGAUCAAGGUCUUGCGACGAAGGAAUUCUUCGCGGACAAGCACCAUGACUUCAUUAUGGACCUGGACGAUGUCGAACCACUGGCUGAUUCUUCAUGGCUGCAGCCCGGGACUACGUUUGAGGGACACCAGCAUGCCGCAACGCCUAAUGCUGAAUUGUUACAACAACGUCUGAACUCUUCUACCAUUCACGUAGAACAGAUCAACCCGAACUUUCCCUCUUUGGCAAAUACGCCAGCAUUUGACCAUCCGCCUGGAUCUACUCGAGUCGCUUCUUUCGACGCCAGUAGGCCAUGGCUAUCCCACCAGUUUACACCUCCAACAACAACCAACACAACGACUUCCACCUCUCCCAAAUUCCCUGACCCGACCCACGAUCACUGGCCGCAUCUCCCUCCUCAACAACAACAACGCAUCAACCACAUCGCGUCCCAAAGCGGGCAGAAAGUCUUCCCCGAUCACAACCUACCUCGAAGGUCACAUCAUCGAUCUUACCACCCACUCCUUCCUCACGCCAACUCCCGCCGUCGAUCACUCCAAACGCUCAACAUCGACCUCUCGCCUCCUUUCCUCUUCACCUAUCUCCUUCCCCUCGGCAACCCCUUCGACCGACGCCGCAAAUUGGCUUAGACUACCUCCCUUCUCCACCCUCGCCUCUCCUUCAGCCCUAGCGAGAACCCUCCUCUCCCUCUCCCGCCUUCGCGCCAUCCAGCAGGAAUACAUUUUCAUGCGCUGGAAAGAGCGCUGUUUCGUGCAUACUUCCUCGGACACGUGUUCGGACGAGGAUCGGAGGAUGGGAGAUCAGGAUCGUGGACAUGGGUUGACGAUUGGAGGGUUCUAUUAUGUGAGCUUGAGGAGAGCGGAUGGGAGGGUGGAGGGAC